AUGAAGUCCUCUCUGUUGUUUCUGCUCGCAGCGCUUCAACGCGCCUGCGGUACUCCCACGCCAACUCUUCAAUGGGACCCAGAUACGGCUAAAGACUGUGUUGAUUGGUACAACAACAGCGAAGGAGAAUCGUGCGAAGAUGUACGCAGUCUGUUCGGGAUCACCCCAGCGGAGUUCCAUGAAUGGAACCCGUCUGUUGGUCUCGACUGCCAGCCAUGGGAUUAUCAAUCGUACUGCAUCGUCACCCUGGAGAAGAUCAACAACACAAUCACGACCACCACAUCUUCUUCCUCGACAACAACAGUCUCCUCUACCUCUGUGUUCACCCCGGGACCGUCCCCUACCACUUGGACCGACAUGGGCUGUUAUGUUGAGGAUUCUGCGCUACCCAUCCUAGAGAAGAACCUGAGUCCCGAGGGCGGCGAUUCAGCUUUAACUGUCCUUAAAUGUGAGGACGCGUGCUAUCUCAAGGCAUAUAGUUUCGCGGGCGUGCAGGAGGGCAACCAGUGCUGGUGCGGCAGCUACGUGGGCGGCGAGUGGGCGAGCAACCAGACUCUCUGCAACACUCCCUGCGCCGGCGACAGCAAGGUGUUCUGUGGCGGCAAGGGAUUAGUCAAUGUUUUCAAGGCAGAACAGAACGCGGCUUCUACUACCGCUACUACUACUAGCGGUGGCGCCUCCAGUACGACUUCGGCAACGGGAUCCACUAUCAGCGAAACGCAGUCAUCGGGGGCAAUAAAAAGACUGGCGAUGUUUUGAAGGGUUUAAAUUGGUUCAACUGCCUUGUUUCUUG